AUCAAUUAUUUCUUUCAUCGCUGUUUAGAAUCGAGUCUUCAAAUUCGAAUAAAAAAAUGUAUGUUGAGAUGAUCGAAAGGAAAAAAAAAAAAAGAUCGAAAGGAUCUUGUCCUAAGAUUUUGACUCGAGGGAUGUACACGCAACGAUGAAAACGAGAUUUUGCGGCGACAUUGCACUUGAACAAGAUAUCGACAUUGUAUCAAGCAAGUUCGUCGAAGGCUUGGUUGUACACCGUGCUGACGUAAGUGUCUCUCUGCAGUUUCGUUAUCGGACUGGCAUAAAAAGCGUCGAUAACGAGAGAACGGAUUGGUCGCGCCAUUCUUGGGCUUUAGAACAACUUCGACAAGUUACAUUCUCUACUAGUAUCUUGUUUCGACGAUGUUUGCGGAUGUUAAUUCGUUGUUCUUGCGCCAUUUAUAUCAACCGUUUAACAAAUACGAAUAAAAAUUGUAGAGCAACAUUUGAGAGUAUGAUGAAGCAUGUUGUAAAAAGGAUUAUGGUAAGCGCACAGAUUUUCUAUACGAUUUUCUAAUCGCAAGCAAACUUAAUCUCGUGGGUGAGUCGAACAAAAAAUCAUCUUAUAACCUCAAACUAUUUGAAUCAAUUUAAUUUUUUCGCCAAAACUUCUGAUUCGCCUGGCCCGUUUCUCAUUCAUGAUCAAUCCCUGCCGCUUAUUUCCAUAGAAUCUCAUUUACCGAGAACGGAUCUGUUUAGCCGUGCGACGAGCGUGAUUCAAUUACGUGGAUGCGCGAUACCGGGCUGGCCGAGAGGAGGCAUAGUUGUACAAACACGCCAUCGGUUCGUGCGCACUUCUAAGGCUCUAAUGAAAACAAGUAGGUAGUAGAUGUCAUUCCACGGCAGUGAUUCUCAUUAAUAGGCUGGAACGAAUGGUGUAAUUAACCGAUCCUCUUCUCCUCCCUUAAUGGAUAAUAUGGAAGACGACGCAGCAGCGGGUAUCCGAUCGUUCGGAUAACUGUGACGUUUGCGAAUCGGGAGAAAAGCUGACAAUUAGAACGGAGAACUCGGCUUGUUUACCAGACCCCACGGCAUCCGUGGAAAUUGUUAUUAUCCAGUUGGUCGAGUUACGAAAUAAGUAAAUGUUCUCUCCGUAGCCGGAGGGUAUGGUAGAAGGCAGGCUAUUGGCUAUUUAAAUUGUCCGGCACGCAAAUGUCUUUUUGAUUCGAUCUAUGUCGUAUCGUAGUUUCGAGUAUACUGUCAUACGACUCGUUUCACGAUUCGUACUAUCCUCAAUUAUUGCGAAUUUCGAUAAUAUUUCCUUUCGUUUGUCGUAAUAUUUUAUUUUGUUUGUUCGUUGAAAAAGAUUUAGACGUGUGAUAUAAAUAAUUUCGACGUGUUCGUUUUUAGGUUAUGUGGUUAUAACGAUUGCUGUUGCAGAGAAAAUAAGAAAGGAAGAAUUUAAUCGUGGAUUAUAAAUACUUACUUGUUUUU